GAAAAGAAGGUUCCGGUCAAGUCUGAACAGAAAGAAGCUUGUAGUAGCGUCUGAAGUACUGAACAUCUCUCGCACAUCCCAUCCCGUUCCCCGCCAUGGCUUCUGCAGGCGCAGAAAUAUCAGCUCCGGCCACCGGGCCGGCGGCCGCGAAUGUGGAGUGGCAUGUGAGGCCUCCCAAUCCCAAGAAUCCAAUCGUCUUCUUCGAUAUCACUAUUGGUACCAUCCCAGCUGGUCGCAUCAAGAUGGAACUUUUCGCCGAUAUUGUCCCCAAAACUGCUGAAAAUUUCAGGCAGUUCUGCACCGGUGAGUUCAGGAAAGCUGGAUUGCCUGUUGGUUACAAGGGAUGCCAGUUCCACAGGGUUAUUAAGGAUUUCAUGAUUCAAGCUGGUGACUUUGUCAAGGGCGAUGGUAGUGGAUGUACUUCCAUUUACGGGCAUAAGUUUGAAGACGAAAAUUUUGUUGCCAAGCACACUGGGCCUGGUCUACUAUCAAUGGCUAACAGCGGACCAGGUACAAAUGGCUGCCAGUUCUUCCUUACCUGUGCAAAAUGUGACUGGCUCGACAAUAAGCAUGUUGUCUUUGGGAGGGUCCUAGGAGAUGGCCUCUUGGUUAUCAGGAAGAUAGAGAAUGUAGCUACUGGACCAAACAAUCGACCGAAGCUGGCUUGUGUUAUUGCAGAAUGUGGGGAAAUGUAGAAGCUGUUGGAUCAAAGAACUUCCCAAUUUUUGAGGAUUUCUAACAAAACAAUGUCUAGGCACUGGUUACCGUUGUAUGGGACUGCUGUCUUUGUUCAAGAGUUUCCAGCUAGAGGCAACACUUGCCAGUCAGGGCAGUUCUCUUGUACAUGAGAGGAUUGAAGACGUUUAAUGGAUUGCGAGUAUCUUUGAAUUGCCCAUUUUGGCCAAUUUCGCUGGCUAUGUGAUUGAUUCAUUAGUUGUAUGAAACUGGUGAAUGGUUGAAAGUGCCAUACUAGAUUGAAAAAUUCGUACCAGGUGAAAAUACACAAUGCAUACC